GGGGUAGAGCAUUUUCAAGCUUCGGCAGGUGAUGAACCGACUGGGGCUUUAUAUGCGAAGGACAGGGGAUUGGUGGGAUAUCUCGGGGGAGAUACCUAUUCACGCAUGGGGGUUUUGAGGUUGGAGCCGAGGAUCGAUUUCUCGACGGGUAUCGGUUUUGCGUGUGUGCAUGCGCUGGUAUCGUGAUGGACGUGGGGAUAUGUAUGUGUGGGAUCAGUUGUGAGCUUUAUAUCAGAAUCAAGGCCGUUGCGGUGGGGAUUUUGUUUUCAAAGUUGUUUGAAGGAGAUUGCUUGACUUUUAUCAGAUAUCCAUCUCACAAUGGGACUCCCAAACCCUAGCAUUUCAAUACUCGGCCCGGAUCCCCAAAGAACACAUAGAAUCAACGCAAAUUCCUUCCAGCAAAACGCAAUUACCACGUUUAAUGGAUGGCAAUAUGUAGCAUUCUAUACCGAUCACCCUACGUCCACAAAACUGAAUGCUUGUAUGAUGAAUCUGGGUAGAAGAAAAGUCUCACCUACGCAUUCGAAGUGGGAUAUUCUGAGUUUCCACGAUUAUGAACAGGUGGUUGAUGAUGGACAUAAUACGAUAUCUAUUGGUAUGUGUAGUGGAGAUGGAAGUAUACAUAUAGCGUUUGAUCAUCACUGUGAUAGAUUGAGAUUUAAAAUUUUGAAACGCAUAGAUUCAGAAAAAUAUCCGGAGGAUUCCAAUGUAUGGAAUGCAUCUCUGUUUUCGCAAACGCAAGAUUAUCUUCCUGGCAUUGCACAUAAUGAACUGAUGGACGAAGUCACUUAUCCUCGGUUCGUGAACGUGGAUGAUGAUUUGUUGUUGACAUAUCGUAUUGGCCAGGCAGGAUUAGGAUCAGAUAUCCUUUACCGCUACUCGGGAAAGUCUUCCACUUAUACAUAUUUAGGCCAGCAUCUUACUGGUGUUUCUAAUAGUCCAUAUAUAAAUGGUCUUGAUUAUCAAAACUCGCGACUCUAUCUGUCAUGGUGUUAUCGAAACUUCAUCGUUUUCGAAUCUUCCACAGGCACAGAUGCACAUAAACAACAAGCCGGGCCCAACGGGCCCGAGAAUAACUAUGAUCUGAAUUUUGCUUAUUCGGAAGAUGUGGGCAAGACAUGGAAAAGUUCGGAUGGAACAAUCUUGGCCGUACUGGAUGGGAAAGAAGAAAACACCAUUUUGCCGCAGUCCAAGGCGAGAGUCUUUGAGAUUCCCAUGGGAAGUGGGAUCUUGAACCAAGAAGCUCAAGCGGCGGAUCGGAAGGGCGGAUUCUGGGUUUUGAACAGGGAGAAUUCUGCGGGCGAGCAACAGUGGAUAAUUUAUUACCGUGAUUGUACAGGGGGGUGGACAAAGAACGCUGUCCCAACGGAUGGCAUAAACAAGCCUACCAAAAUUGGCUCGAGAGGAAGCAUAUCUGUUGACAGCAAGAAUAACGUAUAUCUCGCUUUGCCUGGAAAUACAGAUUCCACCCUCAGCAUCGUGAAAGUGCAUAGUAAGGAUGGACAAGUAUUCUUUGAUCUUGUAUGGAGUGCAUCAGGAUUUGAUGGCGAGCCUUCAGUCGAGAUACAAGAGGUGGAAGGAGGUGAGAAUCUGUCUAUCUUUACAAGAACGGACAAGAAAGAGGAUGGACUUCGAGAUGUAGUUGUCUUAGAUUUUGACCUCGAUUCCAAACCGAUCUAGAUAGACUUCUAAAAGCAGUUCCAUGAUAGGAACGAAUGUAUCCCCUUCACCCAGACAUAUGUCAUGUCCCGCCUUCACUUUCUUGCAAUGUAUAUAUCGUGUAGAUAAUCACGGGUAAGAUUGAAUUGACCUCCGUUACAAGAAUCGAAUUAUCUUCUCUUCAUAAUUCUUUAUGGGUGCGCUUCAAAUUAACUUUCGCAUCUACUCUGCGCCAAAAUAUUUCCAAGUAAGAGCUGCUUGAGUACCUACCUAGUAGAUAGCUAUAGAGGAUCUCGGAUGGCCCAGAAAAAUAUGUAUAAAAGAUAUGUAUGACUACGAUGGAAUGUGAUCAAGAGAUUCCAGCACGAGAAGCUGACCGAAAGUGGAAGGUGGAGGAUAUAUUGACGCCUCAGGCAUAGAGAGCAUUGCCCCACUUCACAUGCACGAGGGU